AUGGACUUCGAUCUGGUCCCCGGUGGUUCGGGAAGGAACUAUACGGGAAUUCUUACCAAGACUAUUGUCUAUACUGGAUCACUCCUAGUGUUUCUUGCUGCUUUUGGCUUAACUAUCGCAUCAAUCAUCAUCCCAAAAUGGGUCAGUUAUCAUAGCGACAAGCCUAACUUCCACUACUCCUACGGACUCCAUCGCCGUUGCUCUUCCCUGACCGACACGUGCGAGCCAUUCCCACAAUAUGAGGAUUGCCAUGCGGAUGACAGAUAUUUCUGCUCGAUGUGGCGCUCCGUCGGUUUCUUUAUGUCCUUCGCGGUUGUCCUGGAGGGCAUGACGAUCGUCGCAUACCUCAUCAUCCUCGCGGGUGGAAAGCAAUUGCGCGAGUCUGGCUGGAGCGUCUUGAGUUUACUGAUAAUGUUGUCGGCCGCAGUUCAGGCUGCUAGCAUGGCCUUGGUGGCUUAUCUAUACGACAAUGAUGAACGAUUCUUCGUGGGCUGGAAGCUGGAUGAGUCGUGGAUCAUGUGCACAGUCAGUUGGUGCAUUUCGCUAUUCUGCGCUGCUGUUGUGAUUGCUGCGGCGCGCGUGCUCCCCUCCGAAGGUGGCUACGAGCUCAUUCCCGACCCCUCGUGA